ACAAAAAUUUGACAGAAAAUUUAUAAGCAACCGCAGUACUGCCACGUUGGAAGCAUUGACGUUAGAUUUUUACAAUAAUCCGCUGCGUGUUUGUUUUUCUACAAAAUUUGUGUAUUUUCUUCGAAAUAUUUUCAUUUUCGAAGUAAUUAUCUUGUUCGUUAUAGAGAUAAGGCGACAAUGAAGGUAAAAGAACUACAGAAAACCGUGAAUGUGGCAUGGUCACCAGCCCAAUUAAAUUCAAUCUGGUUGGCUGCCGGUACAGCGGCUCAACAAUUGGAUACAUCAUCAAAUUCUGUGCUUGAAAUUUACUCACCUAAUCUCGCCGAGCCUGGAUAUGAUAUGGUAUUGAAGGGAUCACAGGCCAGUCCUUAUCCUUUUCACAAAAUCAUUUGGAGUCCGCUGGGACAUGGUGGUCAAUAUCCGGAAGGUGUUAUCGUUGGCGGUUGUGAAAGUGGUCAUCUUCAAGUGUACAAUGCUGCGAAAUUGUUGGCUGGCGAAGAAUCAUUGAUGUCAAAGCAGGACAAACAUGUCGGUCCUGUACGUGCGCUGGACUUUAAUCCAUUCCAAUCAAAUUUGCUUGCGUCUGGUGCUGCAGAAUCGGAGAUUUUAAUAUGGGAUCUGAACAAUACAACAACUCCGAUGACUCCCGGAACGAAAACACAACCCUUCGAGGAUAUUCAAAAUGUGGCUUGGAACAGACAGGUGCAGCACAUUUUAGCGUCAGUAUUUAGCUCAAGGUGUAUCGUAUGGGAUCUUCGCAAAAAUGAGCCAAUCAUCAAGCUCAGCGAUACACAGUCCAGAGUCAGAUGGCGAGCAUUGCAAUGGCAUCCUGAUAUUGCUACACAAUUAUGGUUGGCAUCCGAAGAUGACCAAGCACCCGUCGUCCAAUUGUGGGAUUUAAGAUAUGCCACCACACCGGCGAAGACCAUUCAAAUGCAUCAACGCGGUGUUUUGGGCUUAACCUGGUGCCCGAAAGAUUUAAAUCUGAUGAUUUCUUGUGGCAAAGACAAUAAAAUUGUUUGCUGGAAUCCUAAUGCCGAACAGGGUGACGAAUUUCAGUCCGAAAUAGCGUCAACCAUUCAGUGGUAUUCGGAUGUACAAUGGUGUCCGAAAAAUCCAGCUCUUAUCACCAGCUCCAGUUUGGAUGGUAAUGUUUCACUGUAUUCAUUGAACGGUGGCAGUCAGCAACAAGUGCAAACGACGAAUAAAAUCGCCGAUUCAUUUCCCGGCAUGGACACUUUCGCUCAGGCUCCAGUGCCACAAAGUAAUCUAGCGCCGGUAGUAUACAACGAUUUGAGAACACCACCGGUGUGGAUGAAACCACCCGUCGGAGCAUCAUUUGGAUUUGGUGGUAAAUUGAUUACAUUCAACCAGGGUAAUCCGGGUAAAGUGACCAUCAAUCAAGUCGUAACCGAACAAGAAUUGGUGGAUCGUUCAAAUAAGUUGGAAGAAGUAUUAGCCGGCGGUAAUUAUACCGACUAUUGUGUUCAGAAAGCGAACCAAGUGGAAAAUCAGCACGGUCGAUUCAUUUGGUAUUUUGUAAAGUCAAAUUUCGAGGCUAAUCCAAGAGCGGAAAUGCUGAAUUUAUUGGGUUACAAUGCCGAGGAUUUGGAGGCGAAAUAUGGAAAGUACCACAAUGUCUCUGACAGUAGUGUCGAUCAACUUAGUAAUAGUAUGUCGCAACUGAAUAAGUCCGACGAUAACAAUGCCGUUUUUGAUGCUAUAGCUGCCGAUCACAAAAGUAUGGCAGCUGAUAUCGCCCGCAAAGAAUUAUCUUUCCGCAUCAAAACGGGAGACGAUGAAGAAGGUCAAAUUUGUGAGGCAUUGUUGAGUGGCGAUGUCGAAGCAGCCGUUGAACUUUGCUUGAACGCGGGACGUCAUGCUGAUGCCAUCAUUAUAGCAACAACAGGAGGACCCGAAUUACUCGCUCGCACCCAAUUUCGCUAUUUGAAAAACAGCGACGGAUAUCUGUCUAAUAUCAUAUCUGCAUUGGUAACCGAAGAUUGGUCGGGUGUGGUUACACAAUGCACCAUCGAUUCGUGGAAAGAGUGUUUGGUGGCAAUAUUGACCCACUCGAGGGAACAGAUGCCAAUGUUGUGUGAACAGUUGGCCGAACGUUUGUUGAAUGAAGGCGGAAGUAGCCAGGAAAACAUUGAAAACGCAAUUCUGUGCUACAUUUGUGCUGGUAACAUUGAGAAACUGGUGGAAAUUUGGCCGAAACCGAAAUACGGCAGUGGUGAUACGAAUGCAAAACUGUCACGGGACUUGCAAGAGUUGAUCGAGGUCGUGAUGAUGUUGCAAAAGGCUAUAGAAUUACAGGGCAGAAGUGUUGAUGUUUCGGGCAAACUAGCCGACAUAUUGUCGAGAUACGCAGGAUUGUUAGCGGCUCAAGGGGCUCUUUCAUCAGCUGUAACAUAUUUAAGUCCAUCCGAUGACGCCAAUGUUGAGGAUCUACGAUCAAGACUUUAUUAUUCAUUGGGAUAUAAGCAGGCUUAUGCAACUCCAGCGCCAAUGAAACAACAAUUCAAUCAACAACCGAAUCAAUUGAGACCACAACCGAGACAUUCUCUGACGAAUAAUCAAGUUCCUAUGCCUAUUCAGCCAGCGUUCAAUCCAAAUUUACCCACACAAAAUACUCCACCCUACAAUGCCGGAUUCAGUGGUCAACCAACAAUCCCACCGGUGACGCAACAGUGGCCAAAUUCACCUCCAGCCCAACAAUGGAAUAACUUCCAUCAAGUUCAACCAUCACCAUUAGUGCCGAAUCCAGUUCAGACGAAACCACCACAAAUACCACCUUCUACAAACGAUUUCACACAACAACCAGCCCGGCCAUCAAGCGUUGGAUCACAAGGCUCGGCUCCACGUAAUAAAUAUCUAUUAGAUCCAUCGGUUCAGUCGGGCCCAACGUACGGCCAAUCGAACAUGUACACACCGCCAAUGAACAACAAUUUUGGCAACAAUUUCGGCCCAGCACCAGUACCCAAUUUCGCUCCAACUAAUCCGCCAAUUCAGCAGAAUCAAUUUAUGCCAUUCGUGCCAGCACAAACAAAUAAUAAUUUUAUGUCUGGCGUUCCACCGAUUGAGUUGGCCCAACAGGCUAUACCACAAAGAAAUCCAACGCCACCGCCAGGAUGGAACGAUCCGCCACCACUGAAGACGAAAAGUCAGGCGCCUCCGAACCCUACUACGAACCCAACGAAUGGAGCAUUCGGUAAUGAUCUGACUCAAAACGGCCUAUACGAUCCGACACAACACCAGCAAGCAACUUUCCAGCAACCACCAUCAGUCUUCACACCGUCUCAACCGCAAACGUUUCCAAUGCAACCGCAACCAAAUCAGCAAUUUCAGACGCAACCGGUAAAUUUCCAAACGCAACCGAUGUAUAAUCAAAAUCAACAACCCCAACAGCAGCAGCCCCAACAAACGCCGGCUACACCGGAGCCACCGAAGCAAAAACAACCGUUGCCAGAGGAAUAUGUUUACAUGCAAACAGUAUUUAAUGAACUUCGUCAGCAGUGCGUGAAUGCAGCAACGAAUCCUCAAACGAAACGAAAGUUUGAUGAUGUAGCAAAGCGACUGGAAUGUUUGUACGAUCUGUUGCGAGAGAAUAGGCUAACGCCAAACACUCUAGCAUCCCUAAAUCAAUUGGUCCAACUAGUUCAAAUUGGCGACUACGCUAAUGGCAUUGGGUUACAUACGCAAAUGGUGUCCGGAUCCGAUUUCGCUCAGAUAGCUAGUUUUAUGCCGGGUAUUAAAGUGCUACUUCAGUCUGCAUUGCAAUUGCAAGUUUAUUUACAACCACCAUCAGUCUUCACACCGUCUCAACCGCAAACGUUUCCAAUGCAACCGCAACCAAAUCAGCAAUUUCAGACGCAACCGGUAAAUUUCCAAACGCAACCGAUGUAUAAUCAAAAUCAACAACCCCAACAGCAGCAGCCCCAACAAACGCCGGCUACACCGGAGCCACCGAAGCAAAAACAACCGUUGCCAGAGGAAUAUGUUUACAUGCAAACAGUAUUUAAUGAACUUCGUCAGCAGUGCGUGAAUGCAGCAACGAAUCCUCAAACGAAACGAAAGUUUGAUGAUGUAGCAAAGCGACUGGAAUGUUUGUACGAUCUGUUGCGAGAGAAUAGGCUAACGCCAAACACUCUAGCAUCCCUAAAUCAAUUGGUCCAACUAGUUCAAAUUGGCGACUACGCUAAUGGCAUUGGGUUACAUACGCAAAUGGUGUCCGGAUCCGAUUUCGCUCAGAUAGCUAGUUUUAUGCCGGGUAUUAAAGUGCUACUUCAGUCUGCAUUGCAAUUGCAAGUUUAUUUACGAUAAUAAAAUCGACGGAAUUAAAUGCAGAAAUAUUUAAACGAAGAAGGGAGAAAGAGAUAGAGAAAAACCUAAUUUUAUUUUGAUUAUCCGCAUAUUUUAACAAUUAUACCAAAAUAAUACAAGAGAGAAAAAAUUAAAAAUUUAUGAUUUCUUCGGGCUAAUUUAUCCUUAAGAAAUAUUACUUUUGAGUUUUGCCGUUUAACUGAACUCGUAAAUUGGUGUUAAUAUUUUUUAGAUAAUAAGGAAAUCUACUGUUAUCAUAAUAUGAUUUAAUAAAAACGUAAGCGUCAAA